GACUCUGGGAUUUGUAGUUUUGCAUACCGUGCAGUUACGUCAGCGGAAGUAGUUUGAGCAGACGUGAGCGAGGUCACAUUGGUCCAGUGUUGUAAUGUUUUGAGAGACAUCACCGUCAUGGAGGCAGUCAACGCAGAGGAGAUCCAGCUCAGGCACGUGGAGAAAGAUGUCCUGAUCCCCAAGAUGAUGAGGGAGAAAGCCAAAGAGCGCUGUGUGGAGAAAGUACAAGCCUUCGGCAACUGCUGUAAAGACUCUGGUUUUUUCAUGGUGUUUAAGUGUCGAGAGGAGAAUUCAGCGCUGAAGGAAUGUCUGACACAACACUACAGGGACCCUGUGUUUUUCGAGGAGUGUAAGCAGGAGUACAUUCAGGAGAAAAUGCAGUUUGAAAAGACGGGGAUCCCUAUGAAGAACAGGAAACAAAAACUCCCAACCAGCAUGUAAUGAACAACAUGACACCUAAACGACUUUCCUCCUCCAUACCAAUGAUACACGGUCAUCUGACAGGCCUUAUUUCUGUUGAGACACAUGGUAUUUGUAACUGAAGCUGCUGUGUGACUGCUACAUAAUCAAUAAACAAUUGUUAUUUUCUGUAUA